GGAAGAAAGCGGAGACGUCACAUGGAGCGAUGCAACCAGCAGUAGCUGCUCCACCACUAAUCACACAACAUUAACAUAACUAGCUACUACAGGCUAACCCGACUAGCUGCUGGUUUCGCGUUUUGAUCUAUCACACAUUCAGAAUUGCACGUCUGCAAGAAACAAAAUUCACAGAGUGCAAAACGGAAAACGGCAUUGCGGUCACACAGUUGCCGUGGCCUCUUCUUUCAUCCAGCCGACAGGAUAUUUUGGCUAGCUAGCGAAGCCUCCGAUAGAAAACUCUGCCUUGGCUAGCGUCAGGCUAGCCAGCUAGCUAGCUAGCUACUAACAGCACUAACGGUAGUUAGCUAGCUAGCGAGCUGUAGUAACUUGCGUCAUGGAGGAACUAGUCGUGGAAGUACGAGGCACAAGUGGGGCCUUUUAUAAGGCCUUUGUGAAGGAUGUUCACGAGGGAUCAGUCACUGUGGCAUUUGAAAACAACUGGCAGCCGGAACGUCAGAUCCCGUUCCAAGAUGUGCGUUUUCCUCCUCCAACAGGGUUCUGCAAGGAGAUAAAUGAGAGCGAUGAGGUCGAGGUGUAUUCCAGGGCAAAUGACAAGGAGCCAUGUGGGUGGUGGCUGGCCAAGGUUCGCAUGGUCAAAGGAGAGUUUUACGUAAUAGAGUACGCUGCCUGUGACGCUACGUUAAACGAGAUAGUGACGCUGGAGCGAUUACGGCCGGUCAACCCCAAUAAACCAGCCACCAAAAACACCUUCAUUAAGAUCAGACUGGAUGUACCCGAGGAUCUACGGCAGAUGUGCUCCAAGGAAUCGGCACACAAAGACUUUAAAAAAGCUGUGGGAGCGUUCAGUGUCACCUACGACUCAGAGAAGAAGCAGCUGGUCAUCUUGUCUGUAAAUGAGGUCACAACAAAGCGGGCCAAUAUGAUGAGUGACAUGCACUUCAGGAGCCUCCGCACCAAACUGUCUCUCAUUACGAGGAAUGAAGAGGCCAACAGACAACUGGAGAGCUCCAGACAGCUGGCGUCACGGUUUCACGAACAGUUUGCAGUUCGGGAUGAUUUAAUGGGUUUGGCCAUCGGGACUCAUGGGGCCAAUAUUCAGCAAGCACGUAAAGUUCCUGGAGUCACUAACAUCGACCUGGACGAAGAGACAUGCACCUUCCACAUAUAUGGAGAGGACCAAGAUGCUGUCCGUAUUGCCAGGAGUUUCCUGGAGUUUUCUGAAGAUGUCAUCAAAGUUCCUAGGAACUUAGUAGGGAAGGUAAUUGGCAAGAACGGCAAACUCAUCCAGGAAGUGGUUGACAAGUCGGGUGUGGUGCGGGUUCGUAUUGAGCCUGAGAAUGACAAAAAGCCAUCUGCAGCCGCAGCGGCAGCAGCAGAUGAGGGGAUGGUGCCAUUUGUGUUUGUGGGGACGAAGGAAAGCAUCUCUAAUGCUACAGUACUGCUAGACUAUCACCUCAACUACCUAAAGGAGGUGGAUCAGUUGCGCCUGGAACGUCUUCAGAUCGAUGAGCAGCUCAGACAGAUAGGAGGUGGAGGUGGAGGAGGCGGGACGGGGCCCAGAAACCCGAAAGACAAAACCUACGUGUUCGACAACGGCAUGGGGCUUGGGAUGGGGAGAGGAGCUGGAGGUGGUGGAGGAGGAGGGAAGCCUUACGCAGGAGGAGGGAGAGGAGGACGAGGCAGGAGAGGCGGAGGAGCAGCUUUUGCUUCAGGAACCAACUCAGAGGCAUCCAACGCUUCAGAGACGGAAUCAGACCACAGAGACGAGCUCAGUGAUUGGUCGCUGGCCCCGACCGAAGAGCUGAUGACAGGAGGCGGGACUCUGCCCAGACGGACAGAUGGGAGGAAGAGAGGAGGUGGCGGAGGACCGAGGGGACGAGGAGGGAGAGGAAGAGGGGGAUACAAAGGCGACGACAUGCAGUGGAGUGAGCCAAGACCUCGUCAUGUCAGAGACUCCAAGACAAGAGCACAGGAAGACACCCUACAGAUUCGUGUGGAUGGAAACAACGAGCGCAGCGUGCAGCACUCCUCAGGCGGCCGAGGAGGAGGCGGAGGGCCUUCCUCAUCCCAGGGUGGCAUCAGUGCCGGUGGCGAGAACCAGUCCCGCCAUCACCAUCAGAGACCCAUCAGAGAUCGAGGGAUGAAGAAGGACAAACAGGACGCUCCUGCGCUGGUGAACGGAGUGUCGUAGAUACACCACUGGAGGACCUUCCCAUUUAGACACACACUCAUUCAGAAACACACUCACACAGGCAACUCAUCAUAUAAACCAUCGUAGAGUCUCAGUCUGGCUUUUUUUCUUUCUCUGUCUUUCGUCAAACACAAGAAUACACAUAUUUCCAUCAGCAUGGAAGCGUUUACCGUAGUGAAGUCUUAGACCAGAGGUGAUCUGGUAUCCGCUGGUCUGGUCUGGUUUAUUCUCGACUGGUGUUGUGUCUCCUGUUCUUCUCUGGAGUAAAACAAAACUACUUUUUUCUUGGACUAAAGGAAAAGAAGAGGAGAGAUUUGACUAAAGCUCGUCUCUCAAAGAAGCAUUAAAACCCCAACAUGCUCCUUUUCCGUUUUUUAAAACCCAGCUAAAUAGUUUUCUUUCUUCUGCCCCGUUUGGACUUGAGAAAAACAAAAGAAAAGAGGCGAAUAAAUCAAGGAUAGUAUUGGUUGACAGGAUUCAAAGAGUUACAGCCACUUGAGAAGGCAGGAUGAGACACGUUCUUCUCCUGUUCUUCUUUAGCUGCUCGCUAUAGAUAUAUUUAUACUGAAACAAGGGGAUUUGUAGAGAUGAUCUGAAAACAUAGUUUGAGGCGGCAGCUUCAGUGUUUUUUGCUGGUUGAGAAUUUGGUGGUUAAAAGCUCCAAAAUCCAACACUUGAGAGUCGGCGACAACACAGAAUUACAUUUAUAGCAUCAAUAUGUAGAUCAGAGAAUUUCAGGAAUUGGCUGCAUUUUCAACUUAACUGUUAAAAAAAUCCAAAAUACACAAUCUUUUUACCACAGAUAUUUUAAUGUCGCUACAUAACUUGUGGGAAGCAUAUAUAUCUAAGGGUAUUUGCGCUGGGAGAAGAUGUUUGUGGAGGGCACUUUAUGGAUUUUUUUUUAUUUUUUAGAGUUAUUUGAAAAUUUAAAGCAUCCAUAUUUCAGAAUGAAACAUGAGCAGGUCUGCGCCAGCUCUUAAACCAAGCUCUCAUCUGUUCUUAUUGAAGUUGUGUGUUUUGUUGCCUGUUGCCUAGAUAUUGUAAUCCUCCUUCAGUCUCUUCAGCUGUCAGAGGCAGGAAUUGAAAAAAAACAAAUGGAGAGACAUAAAUCUGAGGCACUUUGAUGUGAAUCAGCUGUUUUUAAAAAAAAAACAAAAAACAAAUAUAGACACAUCAGCUACUCUCAAGAGCGUUUGUCAGGGUACAAAAUGUCAUGAACUGCUGUCCUUUUUUAAAUGAAACCUGUCAAUGACCAGAAACACAGGAAAAAAUCCUCUCUGAUCAACAAAACAAACACUGAGUCAAGCCUUUAACACGCUGAAUCCAAGCAAUCUGCGGUUGUCGUCAACUGCAGUGGACCUCCUGUUUUUUCACAGUGACUCCCGUUCUUCAUUGAUCUCAUUGGUAAAGAGCUGUCAACAGGAACCAGCACCCAACACCAGACUUGUCAACCACAUCGGUGAGGGCUGUAGACUAGUUUACUUCCACUUACUUACAUCUAACAGAGCAGAUUUGGGCGCAGUAACGUUUGCUUUCAGACAAACAGGAUGUCGUGCAUGUAGAGCAGCUAACUCCUGUCACCUGAGUUCUUCUCUAAUUUAUGAAAAUCUUUGUAUUUAACUUUGUUUUUUGCCUUUAGAAAAAACCUCUUUUAACUAUAACUGUAGAGGAGUGUUUACUUACCUUGACAAAAUAAAAAUUUGGUCUAAGUUUUAUUCUUCUUGGUUUUCCAACUUAUUCCCGAGCCGAGUUUAAAUAUUUUGUGUAUGAUUUUUGUUUUAUCAUUUGCUGGUUGCAUUUUGUAAAAAAAAAAAGUUGUUCUGAAAUCAUCUCACAGUUACGACAAAUUAACUGCACUACUUUAUCUACCUGCUAUGUUAAAAGUUUAGUCUAAACCACAGUCAUGGAGCUGCAGUCUGUCGGUUUGUUGCACUGCUUGCUAUCAUUGUGCCUUGGAUUUAUGCUCCUCCAUUUCUGUGAAUGAGGCCCACUUGAUCAGAACCUUUUAUACCGUCUGAUUACUCCUUAGUUUAGGACACAGUGUCGAUGGCUGAUUCUGUGUCCUUGAGUACACAUCAUCGUACGACAACUUCUACAAGUUCUGCAUGUGCAUUUUCCUCCCAGAACAGGUCCAGUUUUCUGGCCUCGCUCCACACUUGUCUGCCUCGAGCUAGACCGUCUCUGUGACGCAAACAAAAAGAGGAUUUGACAGUUAUGUCUUCAAAUAGCUGAAAGUGAGCCUGUCUAACCAGCACAGGCUUCUAGAGAACAAAGAAACCAGACAACACAACAGCGUGUUGACUUCAAGCUCUCGUCUCAAGGUGUUUGGUUGACACCACUGUGAAAUAUUGUGCAUGGAAAUAUCCUUACAGUCAUUAAAAUAGAGAGUACACAUUAGGUGGAAAGGAGGCUUUUAAAGAUGGUGUUUAUUCUCAGUUGUCUCGAACUGUCCUAAAUUCAGACUGACAUAGAUGGCCUAGUGUAGAAAGUAUUUGUGGCUUUGUGAUGAAUGUGAUGAAAAGGAGACUGACAAUAGGGUUUGUUAGAGUGAAAAACUGAAAGUCACUGUAAAACAUAAUUUUAAAACCGUUCUUUCAAGGUUUCUCUGUGCAUUCGUAGGCUUAUUUCAUAAAAAUACCGUAUUACAUCUCUUCACUGUAACAGAUGAUGUUCCUCUGUAUCUGGACUAACAGGUUAGAUGGAAUCUUCCAGUGUUGUUAUCUCAACUGCUACUUUUCUUUACUCUGUUGUCCCCGUAGCGUAGGUUUUCUUCAGGAAUAAUCAAAUCAAAACAGAUAUUUCUCUUUUCAUUGUGCUUGUAAAGGAAUAAUUGGACAUUUUUUGGGAAAUACACUUGAUCAUAUUCUUGCUAAAGUUUCAGUAAGACAACAAUGAAUAUGAAGCAAGAGGCUGCAGGGGAUUAGGUAGCCCGGUAGUUUUCCAAUAUUAACAAAAUCUCUGAAUGUUUUCUACAUUGGUUUUUACCAUUUGAGGUUUGACUGCAACUCUUUUUUUUUUUUUUUUAAAGUUGUUUUUUUGGCAGCUUUUUAUUAGAUAGGCGUAGUGAGAGAGAGACAGGAAACGGGGAGAAGAGUCGGGGGAAGACAUGCAGCAAAGGGCCGCGAACGGGAAUCGAACCCGGGCCAGCUGCGUCAGGGACCAGCCCCUGUACAUGGGUCGCCCGCUCAACGUGUUGAGCUAUACGGGCACCCCCUGACUGCAACUCUUUAAACUCCCCAGUUCAAUUCCAGUCCGGCCAGGCCUUUCAUAUCAUUUCGCUGCUCUCUCUCCACUGUUAGUCUAUUUUUUUAUUGCAAAAAUGGCACAAAAAAACAACAAAAUAAAUAUAAAUCACACCAAUUGGUAGCAUCCUCUUCUGCAGUGGUUUAACAGCACCCAACUAGAAAAUUAGAGCCACCAGAGAUCGAGUCAUGGUGGAUGGAUAUAGGCAUCAAUAUCUGUUUUCUGUUGCUCAUUGUCUUGAAAAUUCAGUUAAAAUUUGUGCUACACUUGGAUUGAAACCCAACUAAAACAUGAGCAUAGUGUGGUUUCUUGAAUAACUCUUGACAAGAAAAGGAAUAAGUGUGUUUCACCAAAACGUCGACUGGAACUGCUUAAUCAUCAGUUAGUAAAAUAAGUUUACAGUAGGUUGGAGCAACUUCCAGACAAAACACAUACAAUAACAAAGCAUGUGAGUUUUAAAUAUGAUCUAGGCUGACUUAUCAAACCUGCUGCGAAUGUUCAGGGAAACCUUACCCACAUUUUGUGACAUGUGCCUUCAAUUGUGGCUAGUUUCACAACCUAGACUUGUAAAUCAGGGAUGAUGAUGAUGAGAUGUUGAUAUCGGACCAGUUGAGUAAAGAUGCUGUUUCCUGAUGUGUCAUUAAGUCCAACUGGGUCGUCACUGACAAUGCUGAGCAUCCCUGAGCUUCCUCUAAAGUCGGGCGUUUAUUGCGAUUUUGGCAGCAUCAGGAAACUCUUUACCCACCGGAUCCUUUCUAAACACUGAAGGUGUUCUAUCCUUGUACAGUCGACAAACAUUAAGCCUGUAGCUCCUGACCUGGUUCAACUGAUCUGUGAAACGGGUUCAGUUACUUUUGUAGAUGAGUGCAGUUCAUGGCCUCGAGGAGAGGAAUUUCUCCACAUGUGCACCCUUUUUGAUCUUGCAAAGUGGUGUGACCCAGUGUAACUUCAUUCUUUAUUUUUGUGAGAAAUGAAAGGGACUGAAGGGGUUGCAGAGGUUGAGCCAGGUCUUUUCUUUACCAGAGAUCAGUGUACUUUUCUAGUGUUGCGAUGCAUGUACAUCUUUAUUUUGGAGUUUGAAGACAUUCAGUAGAUUUUGGACACGUUAAAGAAAAUGUGCAUAAAUUUAGUUUUUAAAUCAGUGUUAUUUUGUCUCAUUUCUCUGCCAGUGAUGAGUUACAUCUUGUGUCAGUGGAUGAGACAAACAUCAUCUUAGAGUCAGUGACACAGAGGAACUUUUACCUUCUAGGGAAACAUGAGUAAGGAAUCAUGAAACAGGUUGUUUUUUUUUUCUUUUAGAAGUUAAUGUUUCUUUUUCAAAGAAGUAUUAUGGGUGUCGAUUUCUCUAUCACUGACCUGUUAGGACCUUUGCUUUCACUUGCCGUUCACACUGCAGCCACGAUGCUUUUUUGAUUUUCCCAGUCAGCAUUCUCUGCAGUGCAUCGACAAACAAGUGAAAGUAACCUCUAUAUUGUCAAUAGAGCAACAACAGUAUGGAGUUGCUUUGUCUUGUAAAAAAAAAAAAAAAAAAAAAAAAGGAAAAAAGAAUGAUGGGUGACAUACUGUAUAUAAUGAUGUCAUUAUUUGUCUGAGAAAAGAUUUGUACUAUUGUUUCCAAUGUGCACUUAUCCUGAUAUUUUCUUUUUUGCUGUUUAAUAUCAGUUAUAAUGCUAGAGCUCUUGAUAAUAAACUUAAUGUGUGGAAAAAUAGUAUCCUCAAUAGCAGGGCUGAGUCACACACAGCUGUCAGUAAUAAUGAGAUGUCCAUAGUGCUGCAGAACUUGAAAAAUAACAAGGAGGGCGAGUUAGUUUUUUAUUUACCUGACAGAGAAAAUCCACCCUCAACUGAAUGAGUCACAAACUAAAUUUUGAUUUUGAAUACUAGUUAGCACAGCAAUGAAAUGCAUUAAAUAUAUGCACCAGUGCUUACAGUGAUACUCCAUUCAAAAUAUAUUACUUACUACACCUGUAAGUUUUUUUAGAAUAUGUUUUAUAAAGACCACAGUGAGAAUAUUUGUGGACAUUUUAUUGCUGUGAAAGUCCCGGUCGUCUUAAGCCCAUUUGAUGCUUUUGCGUAAUAAUUUGUGACCUUUGAAACAUGUUUUUUCGUGGGCUGUCAGCUACAUCUCAUGGUCUUCCUCAGCUCGUGCAUUUUUCUUACUUGCUGCAUACAAUUAUCUGUUCAAACGUCGCAGCUCUUGUUUUUUUACGUUAUGCUGAGGAAGAAAUGGCUAAAAAUUAGCUCUAAAAUAAGCUAGCAACUGUACUUGUAGUUGAAAUGUUUUUGUCAAAGUUUGAGGGUAGCAUUAUUUUUAAGCUAAAACCCACCAAAUUAUUGUGUGUAGGUAAAGUUUACGACAGAUGAUUUGAGAAAUAUACUCAAAUCUCACAAGAGCUCAUGUCUGUGUGCUAACAGUGACAGCCAGGAGGGAGUUAGCUUAGCUUAGCAUAGCUUAAAAACUGAAAGCAGGGUGCUGGUUCUGUCUAAAGUUUAAAAACAAUAAGGCCUACCAACACCUCUUAAGCUUGUUUUCAUAACGUCAAACACCAACUAAAAAGUUGUGGUAGUUGUGACUUUUAAGUAUUUAUACAACAUCAAACUGGACCGUUAGUUAGGCUAGCUGUUUUUUUUUUUGUUGUUGUUGUUGUUGCUUUCAGUCUUUUUGCUAAGCUAAGCUAACUGUCCCUGGCACAAAAAAAAAAAACACAACAAAAAAACGAACAUAUUGGUCUACCUUCUCGCAUGUACCAGUUUGGUAUAAGUUUGCCUCCUACAGUAACUGAAGUAACCUUUGUGAGUAAUAUUUUACGGUGAAUUUUCCCUUUAAUUUUAAGCCGCUAAACUUGUCUUGUACAUUGGUUCCUGGACUUGUCGGCUUUCCAUGUACAAAGACCCGAAUCAUUUUAACCCAGCCUUUUUUUGUGAGUCACCACAGUGAUGAUUAAUAGGUGUUUCAUUUAGAUUCCCUUAACCUCUUCUUCUUCUUUUCUUUUUGACUGGUAUAACAUUUUAACAAGGUUGAGCCAGGAAGGUGCUGGAGGUGAGAGUUUUCUCCCAAAAGCCAGAACCCUUGAACUGACAAAAACAACCUUGUACAUGAAUUCAGGAGGUAUUAACAGACUUUGUUGCUCCAGAAGAGUCUACAAAGGUCCAACUUUCACAUCAGCUCUGUUGUGUCAUGCCACAGAUAAUGAAAUUUCUUGCAUCUAAGGCUGUGCUUCAACCUGCUUGUUGGUGUUUCUUCUUGUGCCUCCUAACACCAGGUUCAAAGUAGAUGUUGGAAAAGAAACACAAGUUUGGAUAAAAUAAUGACUUUUUCAUGCUUUGGUUGGACUUUCAGGGGGCAUUACAAACAAAUGUAAUGCUAAGGCUUGUACUAUAAGGGUCAAUGUACAUUUAAAAAAAAAAACAAGAAAGGACUGUUGCAUGCUGACCCGUUGAGGUCACUGAAGAAAAGGUGCUAAGGAAGCAUUUACUUACGAGUCUCCUAUAACUUACUGGUUGUGACAUUGUUAUCCACUUCUGCUGUUUUCUAGUGACCUGCCAUGGCAAUGACUAACUUAAGAGGAGUUCAGUCACAAUCAUGGCAGAAAAAACAAGGAGUUCUAGCAUCUCUGUCUGGUAUCUAGCCAUUGUGAACACUGCGAAUGCAGUCAUGCAGGAAAUAGACUGGGAACCAUGUCUUUGGAAACAGGUUUGUGAACCAUUUGGGAUCCCAAACCAGAUGUUGUAAACUGUAUAUUUUGAUUCAUCCUGGAAGUGCAAGGUGUCAUAUGAGAUACCUACUAGUAAUUACUGAAGGGGAUCCCAAAUGGUACCAAGUUUUGAAGAUUUCCUGUUUUUAGGAUGGAGCUUCUGCUUUGCAACUCCCCAGUACAUUAGAACAGUCAUAUUUGGAUUGGACUAGAGUUUUUUUUUUUUUUUUUGACUGAUUGCAACAUAAUUCAAUGUUUUAUGUCAAAUGGCAUGAACAUGAGAAUAUAAAACAGUAGAAGGCUUUUAUUCUCAACAAACGUUCUGUUGAGGGUGGUUUCCUGCUAACUGUGAGAUGGUAGCUGUUUUUUAUUGAUACUCAACUAUCAUGUUUGUCUUGGAAGAUGUUGUGCUCUAAUGUUCUGGUGCACAGAGUGUUUUAUCACCAUAGAAAUAACUAAAUGUGCAUUUACCAGACGCUGUAGAUGACCGAUUGAACCGAUUCUUGCUCUUAAAGUAACAACACAGUGUUAUCUUACAAAUGUGAAGUCUGGACUAAACCUCGUCCACAAACCUUGAUUUUUGACUAAACACACCAAAAGAGAUGCUCUAAAACCAAGAGCAAAUGCUGUACAACAAUAAUGCAGAAUGCUCAAGAAUUUUAAAUGGAGAGUCCCAGUUCAGACCCAUUCGACCAUUUUGCAUCCCUGUUUCACUAAGCAUUUAAUUAUGUCGGGUUGCAUUAUGGUUCUUGGGAAACCAGCCUGAGAAAAGAUGACCCAAAAUUCUUGUUGUCGUUACUCACCAGUCCACAGCAGACAUCAGCAGACCUUUUUUUGCAGAAUGUAUAUAAUAUCAAUGAAUACUAACUAUACACAUUGUGGGCUGUUCAACAAUAGAGUGCCAGAAAGUGAAGACACGCAGAGAAUCUGUAGAUACUUAAACCAGGGUAGUCAAAAAAGCUGUAAAACCUUGUGUGCACUUUUGGGCAUUUUAUUUUUUGUUUUCUUUUGUACAUACUACUAGCAUUUAAGAUGUUUGGGUUGACAUGUCUGGUUAUAGUGCAAUAUAUUUUGUAUGCAAGCAGUUUCAAUAAAUAAAGGUUGAUCUUCCUCCGUU